AUGAAGGAAACAGUUGCCGUCGAUGUCCACAGAGUAGUUACCAAGCUUCGAACAUUGGCCCUCGACAGAGACAAUCAGCCAGUCAUUGUUCGUAGAGGUGUUACUACAUCUCUUGUUUCCUUCCUCUCUCAACCACAUUACUCUACCAAUGUAAAGAUUAUUGCUUGCGAAACAAUCAAGAUGCUCUCCUCUCAUCCAGACAAUACCGAUUUAAUGUCCAAGGAACCUAAUAUUAUAGAAUCACUUGUUGCUUUGUACAAGUCUGAAGUUGAUAAGACAAAUACAUUGUGUACACUCAUCCAUGAAAUUAUCAAUAAUUUGUAUAUGAAUCUAGGCCGUGAACAAUUGGAACUUCUUCCAAAUGAUCUCAUUUCUGUUCAAGCACCAAUGAAUGAACAAAUCAAUGCUUCUAAUAUCGAUGCUAAGAAGAAGAAGAGAAGAAAGAAGAGAAAUGUUGUUCUUCAAAUUGAACAAUUGACAAAUGAAAAACAAAGACAAAGAUUAGAAGAAUUAAUCUUGCAACUCAAAGGAACCAUCUCCUACACAUUCAAUGUACCUAAGAAACAAGUCACUGUAUACACUAGAACCUCAACAGAUAAGAUUCUGGAAGAAUUAGCUAAGAACUCUUACACCAUCUCUGUUAUUUCUGAUAGUGUUUGUGAAACCGAGUAUAACAAUAUUAACUAUGAUAAGGAAAACUAUCAACCACAAUAUCUUUCACCUGAAAAGACUCAAGCCGCCCAAAAACAACCAACCAAAGCCUCCAGUUACAUGCAAAGUUUAGUUGCCUGUGAAGAUAACAGUUUGCAAGCCAGAAGGAAAAAGAAGCAACAACAACAACCAAAGGAAGAGAAUGGAAGUGGUGUCACUGGUUUUAUUAGUAAGAUUACUAGCGUUUUUUGGUAA